AUGUCUUCGUCAAACGAUCAAAAUGUGAGAAAUUUAAAAUGCAAGUACAACGUGGAAGAACUAAGAUCACCCCUGUACUCAUCGAAGAAAGGAUUGUUGGCUUUAACUGGACCUUUUGACAAGCCAAUGGGUAAACCAGGGAUCAAAUCUCGUCACCGUAGUUUUGUAACCACUUCGCAGGCAGCUAAACAUAGACCACGACUUUAUCAUAAUGGUAUCCAUCACUGGAAAGAUGAGUGGCCAGAUAUGUCUUCUGCAGCAAAGAGUAACCACUCGUGUGAGUGUAGCCAGGCAUCAGCCGUCCUUCAUGUGAUGGCUGAAUUAUGGCGAGAAAAACAACUAAACGACGUGGUACUAGCAGUAGGCAAGAGAAAAAUUGGGGCACACAAGCUGGUGUUGUCUGCGUGCAGUUACUACUUUCGCAAAGUUUUCACCCAGGAUACUGAAGAAGAGGAGCUGUUUGAGUACACUCUACAUGGCAUUGAAUACGACACAUUGGUAGUACUACUUGAUUUUAUUUACACAACUCAACUUCGCGUCAGCUUCAGAAACGUGGAAGAGAUUUUAAAGGCUGCUAAUUAUCUGAAGAUUGAUCUUGCAAUUGAUAUAUGCUGCCAUUAUCUGAAAGACAACUUGUGCCGUGAAACGUGUGUUAAAACUCUAUCACUGAUGUCAAACUUCGACAUGCCAGACAUUGAAGAGGCUGCUUGCAAAGUUAUUGCUACGAAUUUUUUAUUCGCGUCAAGAAGUGAAGAAUUUACGUUUCUUCCAUUUAAUUCUCUAUUAUUAUUAAUAUCACGCGACGAUCUGAUCGUCGAUACAGAGCUACAAGUAUUUGAGGCAGUGCUUUCAUGGAUUGAUGUAGAUCAGGAGAAGCGUUUGGAAUACGUGGUAAAGUUACUGGAGAAUGUUCGUCUGCCUAUGAUAAAACCUCCAGAUUUAGUUGAUCACGUGGAACCGAAGAUCAUGAAGUUUCCAUCUUGCGAGGAACUUUUAAAAGAAGCGCUACAUUAUCAUUGUCUGCCACUUAGGCAAAGUAUUUUGCAGUCACCACGUACAGCCCCAAGAUCGAUGCUCAAACUCCUGACGGUGGUGGCAAUUGGCGGACACCCUAGGCUAGCAAAAGAACUUGUGAGUCAGACGGUCAGGUAUUUUAACCCAAUGACGGAAGAAUGGAAGACAUUGACAGUGAUGACGCAGCCGAAACAUCAUCAUGCUGUGGUUAAUCUCGGAGGCUUUUUGUAUGUGGUCGGUGGUCGAGAGACAACCGAUAAACACGAUGCCCCAUUGAAAACAGCCUAUCGUUACGAUCCUCGCACAGACUCUUGGAUCCAAAUUGCAGAUAUGAUUCUUGCACGUGAAAGCUUCCAACUGGGUGUUUUGGAUGGGAAAAUAUAUGCUGUAGGCGGUCGAGUGAAUGAAAACGUUUCGUUAGCGGAAGUGGAACGUUACAACCCUUUAUCGAAUGAAUGGGAAACGGUGGCAGCGUUAAGCUCACCCAGAAGGUGUAUCGCCGUGCAGUCCCAUUCUAAGUGGCUGUUUGCAAUGGGGGGAUAA